UUUAUAAAUGCUUGCAGUAUAGCAAGGUCACCUUGAAGUGUGAUUCAGUUAUUAGCAAAGUAUAAAAUUUCACUGUAUUUUAGUUCCAUUAUUAUUUAUUUGUAAACAUAUAUUUUAAAAAGUAAGUAUGGGAGGAAAAUGGUCUAGUAUGGAUCCUUCUCAAGUGGAAGUGCCAGAAAUAAAUGUUUUAUUACAAAGAGACCCAUAUUUAAAAUCAUAUGAAAAUGAGAUUCGUAAAAGGUAUGCAUUAUUCAAGGAUUAUGUAGAAAAAUUAGAAACUGGCGAUGGCAGCUUAGAUAAAUUUUCAAGAGGAUAUGAAAUUUUUGGUAUUCAUAUAAAUGAAGAUAAUAGUGUUGUUGCAAGAGAAUGGGCUCCUGGUGCACAGGAAUUAUAUUUAACUGGAGAUUUUAACAAUUGGAAUAGAACAGCUAAUUCAUAUAAAAAGUUAGAUUAUGGAAAAUGGGAAUUACAUUUACCUCCUAAUGCUGAUGGUACUUGUCCUAUAAAGCAUCUUUCAGAAGUCAAAAUAAUUGUAAAAGAUCAUAAUAAUGAAUUAUUGGAACGGUUAAGUCCUUGGGCUACUUAUGUUACACAAAAUCAGUCUGAAAGUAUGGUGUAUAAACAACGUAUAUGGCACCCAUUAUCUAAAAAUAUUUAUAAAUUCAAAUACCCCAAACCAAAGAAACCACAAAGUCUUAGAAUUUAUGAAUGCCAUGUUGGUAUUGCAACUCAAGAAUUAAAAGUUGGCACAUACUUAGAAUUUGCUACAAAUAUAUUGCCUCGUAUUGUAAAACAAGGCUACAAUGCUAUACAAUUAAUGGCUAUUAUGGAACACGCUUAUUAUGCUAGUUUUGGAUAUCAGGUGACUUCAUUUUAUGCUGCUUCUUCUCGUUAUGGUACACCAGAAGAGUUAAAACAGUUAAUAGAUGCAGCACAUCAACAUGGUCUAUAUGUUUUAUUGGAUGUAGUACAUUCACAUGCAUCAAAGAAUACAUUAGAUGGAUUAAAUAUGUUUGAUGGUACUGAUGGUUGUUUCUUUCAUUCUGGCAAUCGUGGUCAACAUCCACUUUGGGACAGUAGACUCUUUAAUUAUGGAGAAUACGAAGUAUUGCGAUUUUUACUUUCCAAUUUGCGUUGGUAUAUUGACGAAUAUGGUUUUGAUGGAUAUAGAUUUGAUGGUGUCACAUCAAUGUUGUAUCAUUCAAGAGGAUUUGGACAAGGUUUCAGUGGCCAUUAUGAUGAAUAUUAUGGUCUUAAUGUUGAUGUUGAAGGUGUGGUAUAUUUAAUGCUUGCAAAUCAUAUGCUGCAUUAUUUGUAUCCAGAAAUCGUUACAGUAGCAGAAGAUGUUAGUGGAAUGCCUGGCGUUUGCAGGCCAGUUUCUGAAGGUGGUUUAGGAUUUGACUAUCGAUUAGCUAUGGCUAUUCCUGAUAAAUGGAUUAAGCUUUUAAAAGAAGUAAAAGAUGAAGACUGGAAAGUUGGAGAUAUUUGUUGGACACUGAGUAAUCGAAGAUGGAUGGAGAAAACAAUAGCCUAUUCAGAAUCUCAUGAUCAAGCUCUUGUAGGUGAUAAAACAAUUGCAUUUUGGCUCAUGGAUAAAGAAAUGUACACUCAUAUGAGUGUAAUAAGUCCACCUAAUGCAAUCAUAAGUCGUGGAAUUGCCCUUCAUAAUCUUAUUACAUUAAUCACACAUGCAUUAGGAGGAGAAGCUUAUUUAAAUUUUAUAGGCAACGAAUUUGGUCAUCCCGAAUGGUUGGACUUUCCUCGAACUGGUAACAGAAAUAGUUAUCAUUAUGCUAGAAGGCAAUGGAAUUUAGUAGAUGAUGAAUUACUAAAAUACAAAUUUAUGAACAACUGGGAUCGUGCUAUAAACUGUCUUGAAGAAGUAUAUGGAUGGCUACAUGCUCAACCUGCAUAUGUCAGUUGGAAACAUGAUGAUGAUAAAGUAGUUGUUUUCGAUCGAGCACAACUUAUAUUUGUUUUUAAUUUUCAUCCAGUGAAGUCAUUUGCUGAUUACACUAUUGGAGUACAAAUUGCAGGAACUUAUAAAAUUCUGUUAUGUAGCGAUGAUAAAGAUUUUGGUGGUGAAAGUCGUGUCGAUACUAGUGUGCAACAUUUUACUCAACCGAAAUCAUUUUCUAACUAUUCAAAUAGUAUGAUGAUUUACAUUCCUUGCCGUACAGCUAUUAUAUAUGUCCGAGAAACUUAAGUGCUUUUUGGGGUGCAACCAAACACAAAACUAAUUUUAGUGUUAUAAAAAAGAAAGCUACUACUUUUUUUUUUACCAAAGUUCAUUUGAAAUAUAGUCUUAAGCAAAAUAAAAGCAAAUAGUAUAGAAGGUACUCCCUCCAUAUAACUGAGUUCAGUUUUGAAUUGGAACUCUAUCGAUCACCAAGUAUCUUAUAUUUCAAAAUGUUACAAUCUGCUUGAAGUUUACAAACAUGAUGAAAAGAUAAGUGUGAAUAGGAAUAUAUAGAUAAGUCUAAUGACACAGAAUCGAUUGUUGGUUAUCGACAACUUGUUCAGUUCGAAUAUACAUAGUACAUUAUAGUGGGACUUCACACAUGCUCAAAAAAAUAGUCUGAUUAAAACAUUGAAUGUAACUCUGGGCCGAAGUCCUCAGCGCUACCCAGGCUUACGUAUAUACCAACAAUCAAAGCUCUUGAAGUUUUCACAUCAUGUUCUGCGAAUUUAACUCAUUGACCGGCAAUACAAUCGAAAUAAUUGAAGAAUAAAAAAAAUCAGCGUGAUUACGAUAAAAAAGGACAAUUGUACCAAUGUAUACAAGAA